AUGAAAAAGAAAAAUAAGAUCACGAUCAUGGAUCUUGUCCUGCUUUGGGCCUUGAAGGUCGUAAAACAAUUUAUCGAUCGGAUCAAUAGCUCCAACAAUGAUCCAAACCGAAAGGCCGUGACACCGGCGAUUGCAACCCGCUUCCUGUUGGCACGCAAAUAUGACAUCACGCGAGCAAUGGCACUAUACGAGCAGCAUGAACUGAUUCGGCAACGAGAAGGGCUGUACGGAUUCGAUCCACUGAAUGAACCACUUCGUGCAGAGUUGGAGACCGGCAAGUUCACGAUCUUGCCCGGACGAGAUGCCAGUGGUGCAGCGAUCGCACUAUUUACCGCCAAUCUGCACUAUCCGAUGACCGUGACCCAUAAAACAACACUUCAAGGGGUCGUUUAUCAGCUGGAUGUGGCGUUACAGAGCACCGAGACACAGAAGGCAGGCUUAGUAUUCAUCUACGAUAUGAGCACUUCGAAGUAUUCCAAUUUUGAUUACGAUCUAUCACAAAAGAUCCUCACACUGCUAAAGGGUGGUUAUCCAGCACGGUUGAAAAAGGUCCUCAUCGUAACGGCUCCGCUUUGGUUUAAGGCACCGUUCAAAAUCUUACGGCUAUUUGUGCGUGAGAAAUUGCGCGAGCGUGUUUUCACCGUAUCAAUACCGCAGCUGAGUUUACAUGUUCCUCGGGAAUCUCUGCCGGUUCGGUUAGGUGGUACCUUAGAAGUCGAUCAUUCCUCAUGGUUGUUACAUUGUUACAAAUCGAUGACGAAUCGUGAAGACGAAAUUAUUGCGACAGCAGGCCAGCAACAACAGCAGCCACAAGAUUCUCAAAACAGCUCCACUAGCGUGGCCGGACCGAAUGCUGGCAGUCCCGUGAUGGGAAGUGCAGGAAUCGCGGCAAUUGCUGCGGGAACCGGUCCAUUAGACGCACACCAUCUACUAAGUGGAGUUGGCUCGGAAUUAGUGGACGUUGCUUUCGUGGCUACUCAUACCCACCGGGCAGUUCCUUCCGGCAAUAAUGGUACACUGGUGGAAGAUCACUUAAAUGUGGAUGAUAUUAGCGAUAUCGCUGCAGUGAGUGUCAGCCAACAUCUCGCUGGGAAUCAUACAGGCAAUGUUGGGCAUCACAAUCACCAUACCACCAAUUCGGAACUGUGGACAGAAAACCCGCCAAGCAGCGCAUCUUCGGGCUUUAGCGACGACGAUAGUUUAGCUGGCGCCGAGGGGGAUCCGAAAACGAUCGAACAGAUUGUGCAGAUGGUACGAGAGCGUGGCAAGAUGGGAUUGAUUCGGGAGUACACUGAAAUCAAAGCCCGCGCUCCCGAUGGUACCUUUACACAUGCAAAGUUGAGAAAUAAUUUAGGAAAGAAUCGCUACACGGAUGUGCUAUGCUACGACCACAGUCGCGUUGUAUUAUCGCAGGAAGAGGAUGAUCCGACGACGGAUUACAUCAACGCGAAUUUCGUCGACGGUUACAAGCAGAAGAAUGCGUACAUCUCCACACAGGGUCCACUGCCAAAGACAUCGUAUGACUUUUGGCGCAUGGUCUGGGAACAGCACUGUUUGUUGAUCAUCAUGACAACGAGGGUGAUGGAGCGGGGUCGCGCCAAAUGCGGUCAGUAUUGGGAACCUAGCGAAGGCGGCAUAGCGGAGUACGGUUCAUUUCGAUUGCGGACUAUGUCGAUAGAAACUAAUGAAGAUUACACGGUGGUAGAGUUGGAAAUAAGAAAUAUUAAGACUGAUGAGGUAAGGUGCGUAUCCCAUUGGCAGUUUACCAGUUGGCCAGACUACGGUGUGCCCUCGUCGGCUAAGGCUAUGCUAAAUUUCCUGCAACGUGCCCGCGAGAAGCAGGCAGAGAUGGUACAAUGUUUGGGCGACCUUUGGGCCGGUCAUCCACGGGGACCCCCUAUAGUGGUUCAUUGCAGUGCCGGAAUCGGACGAACGGGUACAUUCAUAACGUUGGACAUUUGUAUAUCGCGCCUGGAGGACGUUGGUACGGCCGACAUCAAGGGAACGGUAGAGAAAAUACGCUCACAACGGGCAUACUCGAUACAAAUGCCGGACCAGUAUGUGUUCUGUCAUUUGGCCCUGAUUGAAUACGCGCUUUCACGCUCCAUGUUACAGUCGGUAGAUCUUUCGGAGUUUGACGAUCGGGACGAAGAAUCCGACUAG